AUGGUGCUCCUUUCUGACUGGCAAGCCUUCGUGCUUGCAGUCAGAGACAUGAUCACACACAGCCCGAACACGACGCGCUGCACGAUUAAGUACAAGCGACAGGCUGCGGAGCUCACCUUGAAGGUCACAGACAAUGUCACGUGCGUCAAGUAUAAGGCCUCGAGCCCAGCAGAGAUGAAGAACAUCGACCGCUUCGGGCGCGCGUUCAUGCAAUGGACUCUGCGCCCUUCGUCGUCUGUCGAGGACUUGCCUUUUGACUUUUUGCCGACGGGCGGCGACUCGGCACAAGGCAAGCGCGAGGCGAAGACGCGACGAAGGAAAAGAGGGGCGUGA